AUGUCGGAAGGAUACAAACGGCCAUUCGCAGAGACCGUCGCGGGUAAGAUACUUGACCAAAAGUUGAAGGAUGUUCGGAAAGCGCUCGAAGCAGAUCUGCGAGACUUAUGUCAAGAGCUGGCGCUCGCUGAGCAGAAUUGUAGGUGUAUCCUGCAAACAUCUGAUUUCGUCAUUCUCAACUACAUCGCUGACUGGGAUAUUCAAUGUGCAGCCGAUACCAAACUCAUCGAGAGCUUGCGUCAGCGACAAAUCGAGUUAGAGGCCAGGAGUGAAAAGGCCAGGCUAAAGCAAGAAAGACUCAACGCGACGCAUGAGGAGCGUCUACAGCGAGGCAUGGAGAUCCUACGAGAAAAGGUCAGGGCCCAUGGGGCACCCAUCGUCAACUACCGACGACGAAUCUUUUUGCAUUGGAGGCGUUUCAAUUGUUUAAAGUCUACUUUGAAAUUCGGAGAGUAGACAUGUCCUGACUGCAAGGUGGACUAUGUCAAUAAAUUUCAGGCACUGUGAGGAAAUCGGCAUGUCGAUUUCAAAAAUCUUCGCUGUCUACAAUCGGAGCCGCAAAUUGUUGGAAAGGCUCUGUCAACGGACAAUGUUGUUCUUCCCGAAACAUGUAUCGGCUAAUUGUGCCAUGGGGAGAUCUAGAGUGUCAUAUCGAGCCUACCAAGAUCCAACACACGUGAGUCAUCUCC